UCCCAUCUGAAAGUGCCUCAAUCAUGCAGCAAGACAUUGCUUCAGUUUGUAAAUGUCAGAAGGGCAAUGUUGUGAUAAAACGGAUUCAUACCUGAAGCGUCUCGUCCCAAACUCUGAUUUGAUACGCUCGAAUCUUCUUCCUCCUGUUUCACGUGCGCCCUCAACACUCUCCUCUCCAUCCUAGUUUUUAACGUCGUGGCUAAACCGGCACCGGGCACCGUCUUGUUACCGCUCGGAGUGAUGACCGCGGUACUCUCAACGAAAUAAGGCGAGGUCAUUUUGAAACAGUGGAAAGCAUAGGAUACCGUUGUGCUGCAAGUGGGACGGACCGUGGCUAACAACAUUAGCUUGUUAGCUAUUUUAGUGAUAAAAUAAAAUCUGGUUAGCUAGCUAAAACACAUGUAUAUAAACGUUUUGGUAACAUUUUCCAAGUACUAUUGAUGGAUAUUGAAACGUGACCUACUAGGGUUGUCGAUUUAAUUUUCAAACGACAGGCACGUUAAGAAUAGCUAGAACAUUAAACAAAUGUUAAAAACAAAUGUUUUUAACUCGACACCUCUUGCUUCGUCGAGCAAUGUUUUUAGUAGGAACUACAUUUCCCAUCAACUCCCGCGACAAAACGUGUUUUUAUAGGAAGUGCCCGACAGUCCAUCCGGUUGUCGAGUGGGGGGACUGAUCUGACUUGAGGAAAGCUUUUGAAAUAUUGGCAUAAACAAAUUAUAAAUGCAUGAAUUUGUCUUGCUCGGUAUUUUGUCCACCUGCCAGCCUCGCGUGAAUGACGGCAGAAACGCAUCCAGAUCGAUAGCAGAGCCCCAGUAGAGUGUAAGCUGCCUGGUCCCUCCCCACAGGACCCCUCCUGGACCCCCAGCCAUGAACAAGCAGGCCAGUAAAGAGAGUCUGAAGGACAAGGUAAAGGGGAUGUUUGGUUUGGGAUCCCCUCGACCCCCCAGCAAGCAGACAGAGAGCAAGCCCUCAGAGUUCAUCAUUACACUGGAUAUACUCAAGGAGCUGCACCCUGACUGUGGACUUAGCAACAGAAUCCGGGUUGCUAACCAUGUCUCUGACCUGGCCAAGGCCAAGAAGUUUGAGGAGCAUGCAGUGGAAGCCGUAUGGAAGGCGGUGGAGGACAUGCUGACUCCAGAACAGCCACCUGAAGCUAGACAUGCUGUCCUGCUGCUCCUCAGAGCUGUCAUACAGGGACAGGGUGAGCAUCUGGGUCCUCUGCGGGCCUUCUUCUUCAAGGUGAUCAGAGACUACCAGCCGUCCAAUGAGGACCUGUCUGACAGGCUGGAGGUGUUCAAGGCCCUGACGGAGAACGGGAAGGACAUCACGUACCUGGAGGAGGACAUAGCUGGGUUUGUCCUGCUGUGGAUGGACAUUGGUCUGACCGCUGACUUCCUCCACGUCCUGGUCAACCUGGUCAAGUUCAACAGCUGCUACCUCGACCAGAACGUGUCCGUCAUGGUCCAGAAGAUCUGUCUGCUGUGUAACCGGACAACAGCCUCGACAGACAUUGAGAUGGCUCUACAGGUGCUGGAUGCGGUGGUGUGUUAUAACUGCCUCCCCUCUGACUCCCUCACCGUCUUCAUCAUCACUCUCUGCCGCACCGUCAACGUCAAGGAGUUCUGUGAGUCCUGCUGGAAGUUGAUGAGGAAGGUGUUGUGGACUCAUCUGGGCCAUAGUGCUAUAUACACCAUGUGCCGUAUCAUGGAGGAGAGAGCGUAUAUGGAGGAUCCUCCAUUGCUGAGAGGAGCAGUGUUCUUUGUAGGGAUGGCUCUAUGGGGGGCGCACCGUCUCCCAGCCUUAAAGAACACCCCUACCCUGGUCCUCCCAUCAUUCUAUAAGGCGAUGUGGUGUGCCAACGAGAUGGUGUCGUAUGAGAUCGUUCUGUCCAUCACCAGACUGAUAAAGAAGUAUGGCAAGGAACUCCAGGUGGUCACAUGGGACAUACUGCUGGGGAUCAUAGAGAGGUUACUACAGCAGAUUCAGUCUAUAGGCAGUGCAGAGCUGAAGUCCAUAGUGUUUGAGUUGCUGACUACAGUGGAGGAGCUCCAUGAGCAGAACGGCUUCCAUGGAUCAUCUGACAAGUUCUUCAGUCUGGUGGAGAAGUGUGCUGACAAAAGACCUGAUGCGUCGGUGCUGACUCUGAUAUCGUACCGGGCCCAGUCCAUCCAGCCAGCUAAAGAUGGGUGGAUCCAGAGCCUACACCGCCUUAUGGAGAAGUUCUUUAGGAAUGAGAGUCGUAGUGUGAUCAGGAUCAAAGUGCUUCACAUCCUCUCCUUUGUCCUCAGCACCAACCGCCAGCUCUACGAGGAGGAGCUGAUCGAGGUGGUGGUGGUUCCUCAGCUCAGUGGGAUAGCAGAGGACAGAGACCUGGCUGUGAGGAGACAGGCUACCCAGCUACUGGUGGACCUGGCUGAGAGCUGUAGUACACAGCACUUCACCAGCCUCCUGGACAUCAUUCAGAGGGUGGCGAGUCGUUCGCUGGUGUGCCCAGGGCCCCUGGAGGUGUUGGAGAGAGACCCCACGGCAGAAUCCCCCAUGGAGGAUGUCAGGACGGCUAUACGAGGCCUACUGGAGAUACUGCAGAGUAAGCUGUACAGCCUGCCAGCCAGCCACGCUAGUCGAGUGUACGAGCUGCUGAUCGGACACCUGCAGCUGCACUACAAGAGCAAGUACAGCUCUGCUGUGGCCUGCAGCAUACGACUACAGGUGUUUGACUUCCUCCUGAUGAUGAGAACUGACUCCCUCCAUCGUCUGGGGUUCCUCAGUAAAGACGGGGUUCUGAGGUUCAGUCCGUACUGCCACUGUGACACGGGGGAGCCAGAGAAACGAGGGAGUGAGAAGAAGCCUGCAGGCUCAGUGUCUCCCCCUGCGGGCAGUCCUGCCCCCUCCUCCUCCACCAUCACUACUCCCUCCUCCUCCUCCACCACCACUACUCCCUCCUCCUCCUCCAUCCGUACAGCCUGCCUGCCCUACUCACCUGCCUUUAAUGUGCUGCUACAGUGCCUGAAGAUGGAGACAGACUGGAAGGUGUUGAAGCUGGUACUAGACAAGAUGCCCUGGACCCUGCAGUAUAAAGUCCUGCUGCUGUCCUCUCCCUGCAGCAUAGACCAGCUCUGUUCUACACUCUGUUCUAUGGUGACAGACCGUCUUAUCUCAGAGCGUCUGAAGAAGACUCCAGAUGGUUUCAGUCGUACUGAUGUCCAGCUGGCUGUAGUACCUGUUCUCACUGCAUCAUACCACAACUACCUAGAACAGGCCAGACAGAGGGAGUUGGUUCAGUGUCUGGAAGCAGGGCUGAUAUACCGCUGUGCCAAGCAGUGUGUGGUUGCCCUGACAAUGUGCACCGUGGAGAUGCCUGACAUCAUGAUUAAACUCCUCCCCGCCCUCAUCGUCAAGCUGACUCACAUCUCGGCAACCGUCGCCAUGGCGUCGCCCAUGCUGGAAUUCCUGUCCACUCUGGUGCGGCUGCCACAUCUCUAUGCUUACUUUGUAGCAGAGCAGUACGUCAGUGUGUUCGCCAUCUCCCUGCCCUACACCAACCCCUCCAAGUUUAACCAGUACAUUGUGUCUCCAGGUUUCACCAGUCAUCUCCAUGUCAUCUCCAGGUUUAUCCGCUUGUGUCUCACCUUCAGAAAGGACUUUGUGCAGUACAUCACCAAGGGUCUGCGCUCUAAUGCUCUGAUGCCGUUCGAUGACACCCAGGACACUCAGAGCAGCUUCCGUGCUCGCAGCACCAGCCUCAAUGAGAGGCCCAAGAGGAUGCACACCUCCAGCACCACGUGUAGUCUGGGUUCUUCUGACGAGAACACCGUGAGCCAGGCAGACGAUGGGUUAAAGACCGUCCACCUGGAGUUAACGGAGACCUGUCUGGACAUGAUGGCUCGAUACGUCUUCUCCAACUUCUCAGCGCUGCCCAAGAGGUCUCCUAUAGCAGAGUUCCUUCUUGCGGGGGGUCGCAGUAUGACCUGGCUGGUGGGUAACAAGCUGAUCACCAUAACGACCAGUGGUGGGGUCAGGAGCCAGGCCCUACUGGGAAUGGACAUGGCUGAGAGGCUGGGAGGAGGGGGAGAGAUGACCAGGUCAGACCCCUCCCUUCACACCCGUCAGACCAAAGAGGCUCCGGCCAAACUGGAGUCCCAGUCCAGUCAACAGCUCAACAGAGCCUCACGCAUCAGAGUACGAUCCAUGUCAGGUGGCCAUGCCCUCCGUGCAGGUCCAGCCCAGAGCCUCAGCCCCCUGGUCUCACCCUCUGAGGGGGGAGAGCUGUGUGGUGUCCCCCUCUCUCCCCCUCCUCCUCCUCCGGCCCCUGUCUGGAUGGCCUGGAGCCCCCUCUCCUUCCCCCUGUGCCCCCCUAAGGACCCCCUCAAAGACAAGCCCAGCCUGGCAGAGUUCCUGCCCGUUCUGACCCAGGGAUGGGCCGAGAUCUUCAUACGCAGACCCUCAGGUAACACCAGCUGGUUGAUGUGUCUGGAGAACCCUCCCAGUCCCUUCUCCUCUGAGCUGGGUAACAUGCCUCUCCAGGAGCUGUCCUCUGUCCUCAUGGCCAUGGAGGGGGUCAAGGAGCCCCCCACCCAGACUGCCAGCGCCCCCGCCAGCACAGCCACCCCUGCCCCGACUCCCGUAGCCCUUAACCCCCCUGGACCCAUCCAAGGGGGCAAGCCUGGACUCAUUCAGCGCUCUAACACAGUGGGCUCUCUCUCCUCUCUGGGUCUGUCCUUCGCCCCGUCCCCAGUUCCGGUUCGGCUCCAACGGAGCAUUUCCUGGGCAGACUCUGUGGUAGUGCUAGAGGGGACAGGGGUCAGGGGCCACGUAGACUACCCCUCUGAUUGGCCAGAGGCGGAGAAGUUUGAGGCCAUGCCCUCUGAACCCAUCUACAUCGCUGCUGACAAGUUCACCAAGGCCCUGCCCCCUAGAACACUCAGCAGGUCGUCCUCCAGUUCCAGCCAGGAGGAUGAGAAGUCCACCCUGGAGGAGGUGAGUGAGGGGUUCAUCCCCAUCGACCAGCCCCCCCUGGCCCCCUCCACCCCGGGCAGCCAAGGCCCAGAGCUCCCCUUCCAGACCCAGAACCAGCCUGAGACCCAGACCCUCAACAAGUCCAGCUCCUCCCCUGAGCUCCAGACCCUACCAGAGGCCUUCCCCAAGACCACAACAGGACCCGGGGCCGGAGGAGGAGAGGUACCCGGGGUUCGGUCACCUUCAGAGGGGAGCCAGCCACAACAGCCCCGGCGGAGAAAGAGAUGGAGAAGGUGGAGAGUGGAGGAGGAGGGGUGAACAGACAGAAUCAGAGUGGGGAUACCACCCCAGUGACAGGGGGGUUGUCUGGGACAUCGGGAGGAGGAGGUUCCUCUUCCUCGCAGGGAGCCAGGAUGAGGUUGGAGUUCCCAGCGCCCCACCAGCCUGGACCCCUCUCCCCCAGCGGAGGGCACCG